AUGGGGUUCUCUUUGCGAUGGAUUCGAAACACGGCGCUUGUGGGCAUAGCCAUACUUAGCGGCUUCAGAGAAACACCUUGGGGGGCGGUUGGCGAGACGGUUGCUCUAGAGGAUGCCUCGCUUCUGCUUGCCAAUCCCACGGGUGAGGGAGCAGCGGCAGGAGGGGCGCCAUCACCCACAGAUAAUUCUGCUGUUGCAAGCACCUCUGACGCUGUUUCUAGCGGCAGCGAAUCAGAAAAAGACGCUUCAUCUGUGGGAGGCCCCCCGGAAGGGGGGGGAGCCAAAGCUAAAUCCAAAGGCAGUGGCCGACGGUCAGGCAAGGGCUGGCUAAAAAAGCUAAAAAGCCCAUUUCCGUUCAAAAAGGGGAGAAGGGGGUCCACUAAGCAAACCUCCACAGGGGUUGAGAGCGCAGACGAGGGACAUAGCUCCGAAGACGACGCCUCAUCUGUGGGAGACGCCUCGGAAACGGGGGAUACCGGAGCUACAUCCGGAAGCAGUGGCAAACAGAAACGUAGAAGCCUCAUGAAAGGGCUAAAAAGCCCGUUUCCGUGGUUUAAAAAGGGGGAAAAGGGGCCUACUAAGCAAGCCUCCAUAGAGGUUGAGAGCGGUGACGAGGGAGAUAGCUCCGAAGAUGAAGCCAGCAGCAGUAGUGUAGGCACCGCAGCUAAAAGCGGUCCCAAGAGUAGAAGUAAAAAGAUGUCGAGCUCUCGUAAAAUGCGCUUUCCAUUUGGCAAGAAAAAACCAAAGUCAGGCGGGGAAUCCGCAUCUGGGGAAGUGCCUAUGUCGGAGCUUCCGUCCACAAGCGCGCCAGCCAGUGCCUCCACAGACGGAGAUAGCGCAGCGGAGUCACCGUCACGCAACGACGAUGCAGAUACGAAGGCUACCUAUGCGCUGUGA